AAAAGGAAUCGUUCGUCGUGUGACAGCAGAAUUGCACUUCGGCCAGCAGUUAGUAAAAGUCGCCAAAUUUUAAGUAAUUGUCGAAAAUGUUCCAAAACAGCGCCGCUCGCCUUCUGUUUCCAGCCAUCCGUAAAGGAUUGCAACACCGUUGCCAAUCUGUAAUUGCCGGCCCACCCGUAAAUAAGGUGUCUAAAGCCGAACGUAUAAUACUGGGUGGAGGCAUGUGCGUUUCUUUGCUCGUAGUACCAGCUUGGGUGUUGCUUCACCUGAAGGAAUACAAAGGUGGCAAUUAAAAAUCAACGAUCACUGGAGAGAUUCCUUUCAGUAAUGAAAUUAUUUAUGUAUAUUUUUGUCAAGUCGUAUAGUGAGAAUGCCACAAUUAAAAUAUACAUACUACCAGAAACAAUAA